AUGGCUCAGCCUUCCACUCCCGCCGGAGCCCCUCACUCCCUCAACAAUCAAGUCGGUCCCGUACUUACCCCGGGCUCAGCGGCCUCCUCAAACAACACAUUUCUCAUGCCCAAUUCUCCCAUGAAGAGACGCCUGAGCACGGAUGGCUACCAACCCAAGGUGACCAGGACUUUGGGUCAACGGCCUGCCUGUUUGGUCAACGCUUCGGUCACCUACUGUGGUAACAACCAAAUCUAUGCUUUUGGCGGCUUUGACCAGUAUACCGACGAGGUCUACAAUCAUGUGCUGAAGCUGGAUCUGGUCAGUUACCAGUGGAGCUUGGUCGAUAACUAUGGAGACAUUCCAGGGGUCAGAAUGGGUCACACCGCCACGCUGUACCAGGGAGACAAAUUGUUGAUAUUUGGCGGCGAGAACGAACAUCGAGCGUACCUUUCCGACCUUAUAAUCUUCGAUCUUAAGACUGCACACUGGACGCAACCAACGGUGACGGGCACUAUCCCAAAAGGCAGAGCAAGACAUGCAGCCCUGCUCCACGAUGACAAGUUGUUUAUAGUUGGGGGAAUAACUGGUCAUGAGAACUACGUCCUUGACGAUAUUUGUUACCUUGAUCUGAAGACCUUCACAUGGUCGAGAGCAUGGAAAUUUGUUGCCAGAUACGACCACUCAGUCUACGUCUGGAAUGAUCGUGUAUGGGUCUUCGGAGGUUUGAGCGCAGAUAUGGACAAGAUUGGUGAUAUUUGGUGGUUGGAUCUCAAAGGCAGUCCCGCUUUUGACUCCCCUCCACUAUUUGGCUCUCUCGAUAGGCAAGCUGCCUUGAGCAGGAUUAGUGGCUCGGCUCGAGCUUCGUACGGCAUUGCACCGUCACCACCUGUGGUUGGAAGCUCAGGUUAUGCCGCAAACUCUAGCAGCGCGCAAGUCAAUCCACUCUUAUUUCAGAGGCGAACAUCGCCUCUGGUUGCUCCUGGUGCGAUCUCCUCGUUAAAAUUUGUUUCUGGUCCCAAUAUCCCAGCACAAGGCUCAGGCAUGCACUUCCAUGUGUAUACGUCUGGAACGUUGCUCGAUUUUGUAACUCCCGCCGCGACUAUCACCCCACAGGAAUGCUCUCUAUCGGCAUUGGAUCUCGAUACUUUACGAUGGCAGAAACUUGCUGAAGGUCAAGAUAUAUUCAAACUGGGAUACAGGUGGCAUUACUGUACCAUGAACGAAGAUGGAACUAAAGCAUGGCUACUGGGUUGUCCCACAGACCCGACUGCAACGGAUCUAGGCCCUGGUGGCUUUGAGGAAUACCUUAGUGACAUUAUGGAAAUUGACCUUAGUCGUUAUGGCAUUCUCGGCAAUAAAAUGUCCCCUGAACCCUGUGCGGAAACGUCACGGCCUGCCUCAACCAUCGUCCCACCUUCCAAAGGCCUCGGAGGAGACCUUGCAAAACUCUUCAACUUACAUCCGGAUACCGGCAGCGGAACGGACUUCACCAUCACUGCAUUGAAAGAUGGCGAUUGGGACGAUGAAGAGCUUGUGAGCUCCAGCAUGAUGCAUACAGCAGAUCAAGGUCAACAGCAAUGGCUCUCACCUGAUGCAUCCACGUCUCCUCCUAUCUAUGUCCACAAACUCAUCUUGCAGGCUAGAUGGCCACACUUUGCACGGCUUUACAAGUCUCAGAUGGAGGAAUUCCACACCAAAAGGAUGCAUAUCCCCGAACCCUACAGCGUUGUUAAAGCUUUCCUUUACUACCUCUACACUGACAGUAUUUUUCCUGAAGAUUGUGCAGAAUUGAAUGAUGUUGCUGGACUGCUGGUCAUGUCGAACAUCUACAACAUCCCGCAUCUCCGACUCCUUUGCGUGAACCGGCUCUCCAAAGAACUCGACGUCAAGCAUGCCUGCGUCAUCUGGCACUGUGCCGGCAUUGCAAACGAAGACUGGCUUCGAAAGCGAGCCGCCAGCUUCUGCCUCAUGCACUGGGGCCGAAUCGUGCGCACGCCCGGUUUUCAGAAGCUCCCACGGCAGGCGAUCGUCGAGCUCUCGCAGGAAAUCGACGAGGAAGGCCGCGUAGUUGGAGCUGAAGAACUCGAAUACGUCGGCGGACUCGGGGGCUCCCGGUUCGGCUUCGGUGGCGCGGAGAGGAAGGUCAGCGUCGGCAGUAGUCAGACGCAGACCCUAGGCUCCGAGGCCGACGAGAACGAGGAAAUGGAAAUGACGUAG